UGUAGUGCAACGUUAGCUAUGGCACAGAGGUCUGAAACAACAUAGCAAGGGACGUGUUUGAGGGCUUUUUAGCCGCUGACAGAAUGAGAUAAGAUGGAUAAUGUAGCGACGGAUUCUUCUGUGACCGAAGAGGAUGAAUGUUCAGACUCAGAGGUUUUAUGUUUGAUGAGAGUCGGAAGAAAUUCAGACUGGCUUCGCCUGUUCGAAAACACUGAGAUCACCAUCGGACGUGGUGUGGAUGUAAUUUACCAGCUGCUGUCUCCAACUUGUCCUCUCAUGAUCUCCAGACUGCACUGUACUUUCAAGCAGAGGGAAGAUGGCCAGUGGACAGUUACAGACAAGAAGAGUCUCAACGGGGUGCGGGUCAAUGGAAAUCGCAUUCCCGCUGAAGAAGCCCAUCAGCUCAGGCUUGGAGACUCCAUACAACUUGGGGUUCCUGUAAUUGGAACCAAAGUGGAGUUUGACUACAUCCUUGUCCAGCGGCCCCUCAAAGACAUAAAACUCUGCCUUGCAAAGGCACAUAGAGAGGGUGCUAAAGCAGCACACAUUUCCAAGAAGUCCAAGAGGAAGUUGUCUGUGGAAGAAGUUGAGCCGUCUACCUCAAAGCCCAAGCUCUACCGUUGUUCUUCUGCAGAUAAGUCAUUUGCAAGGCCCUGCCCUCUUUCUCAAGUGAGAUGCCAGCAGAGGCUCAGUCACACCCAGCCAGAGGAAACUGGGCCCAGUAGACAAGUCCAGGAAUUAGACCAGCCCUCCGAUGGCUCCAGCAAUCCCUGUGACCUGGACAACUUGCAGAUGUACAGCCAGAACAUUCUGUUGCUGAGGGAGCAGGUGGAUGACACCCAGAGGCAGGUAGCCUCUCUGGAGGGCCAGCCCCGGCAGGCCGACCCUCUGAGAGAGGAGCAGGUCAGGGAGCUGCAGGGUCAGCUGGAGACGCUCAGAGCCAAAAUGCACCGGAUGGAGACAUUAGAGAAGUCCUUCAGUGAAACUAAGAGGCAGCUGGAGGCAGAGAAAACACAGCAACAAGAGGAGCUUUUGAAAAAACAGCUGGAAGAAGCUUUGCAAGAGCAAAAGAAAGUAAUAGGUGAACUUGCCCUUUCUCGGCAAGGCUUUGAAGAGAUUCUCUUGGCCAAAAACAAAGAGCUGGAAGUGACAAAGGAGGAGAAAGAAAAGGCGAGGGCCCAAAAAGAGGAAGUAGUUACACAAGUGACUGAAGUUCUGGAGAAUGAGCUUCAGUGCAUCAUCUGCUCCGAGCUCUUCAUUGAGGCAGUCAUCCUGAACUGCGCUCACAGCUUCUGCUGUCACUGCAUCAAUCAGUGGCGCAAAAAGAAAAACGAGUGUCCCAUCUGCCGACAAGCCAUCCAGUCUCAGACCCGCUGCCUGGCACUGGACAACUGCAUCGACCGCAUGGUGGAAAACCUGAGCCUGGACAUGAAGACGAGGCGCCAGACGCUCAUCACUGAAAGGAAAGACAAACAAGCUUGUGACCGUGAUGUCAUCAGAUCAGCAGCUGACUCUGCACAGGUGAUGGUGAUCCACGUUGACGACAGCAGCAGGAGCAGUGAAAGCGACGACAGCAGCAGGAGCAGUGAAAGCGACGACAGCAUGGUGUCCAUAGAUAGCAGCCUGAGCUCUGUAGUCUCUGUGGACACAGACAGUAGCAUCCACUUGGGCUCCAGUCCUUCCUACAGUGGGUUCUCUGAUGACAGUGUUGAUGAGUUUGACGAUUAGCCCUGUCUUGUCCUGUCGGCUGGAAUGUGAAUCGGACUUUUUGGUGUUGAUGUUUGCAUUUCCCUGGAAUGUUUCCUGGGACCUUUAAGAUAGUACGUAAAAUUUGGUCUCAUCAUGAGUCCGGUAAACAGAUUUAGUUAAGUUUUUUUUUUUUUUCUUUUUGUAAAAUUAUCAGUUGUCUUUUCUCUUUAAUUUUCAACAAAAGGAAUAAAGUUUAUGGCUAUGCAUUUUCA